AUGCGUCUGUCCAUAACUGGACCAAAAACGCAACUAUGGCAUUUCUCAUAGGUAAAGGUACUAUACGUGACAUGGGAAUAAUGGCUUAGUUAUUUUUUUCGAUACUCAUCUUUACUAUAUUCAGUUUACUUCUUGUUAUCCCUGGAGGAAAAUAUAAUUUAUGUGCGAAUAUUUUCGAUAAUAACUAGGUACAGUAUUUCACCGAUUGAAUUAUAAAUUAUGGAGUUAAUUGUGUAAUAUAGAUCGUAAUGUAAUUAGGAUACAUAAUAUGUUAAAUAAACAUCUGACUAAGCAUGUAUUAAUGUGCCUUUUGCAGAAUACUAUGACACUGUAGAUGCAACAUACCGUUAAUUGCAAAGAAUUUGUCGGGGAUUUUGCUUGCAUGCUUAAAUAGUCAAACGUUACAUUUAAUAUGGGCGAUAACGCUACCGGCGAGUUCAAGAAAUGUAAGACCGUUUCUGCUGUGGGAAAAGUGAAGAGGGUGAAGUCCGAAGAGACAGAAGUACGAGUGGAAUUAAACCAAGUUUUGAAAGACGACAAGAACGCAAAGCCGACCAUUUGGUUAUACAGGAGGCGAUGGGUAAUAGUUUUUCUGUUCAGCUCAUAUUCCCUCUGCAACGCAUUCCAAUGGAUCCAGUAUGGAAUCAUCAACAAUAUCUUUAUGAAGUUUUACAAUAAGGAUUCUUUCACCAUAGACUGGUUGUCUAUGAUCUACAUGUUAACGUACAUCCCAUUCAUAUUCCCCGUCACCUGGUUGUUAGACAAAAAGGGUCUUCGUGUUAUUUCGCUCUUGGCAAGCGGUAUAAACUGCGUGGGAACAUGGAUCAAGGUGACGAGCGUCAGGCCAGAUCUGUUUGUUGUAACGAUUUUCGGACAGUUCACCUGCUCAUUUGCUCAAGUAUUCAUCCUUGGAAUGCCGUCCCGGAUCGCCUCGGUGUGGUUUGGCUCCAAAGAGGUUUCUACAGCCUGCGCCAUCGGAGUAUUUGGCAACCAGCUGGGUGUUGCGCUGGGGUUCCUGGUUCCACCCGUUCUGGUACCUAACGUGGACGACCUGGACCAGUUGGCUCACCACAUCAGCAUCAUGUUCUACAUCACCGCGGGGGUAGCAACCCUGCUCUUCAUCCUCGUCAUCUUUGUGUUCCAGGAAAAGCCGGAUAUCCCACCUUCCCAGGCCCAGGUCAUCGCCCGCAGCAUCCCGCCGGAGAACUACUCAUAUGCGACAUCCAUCCUGAGGCUACUGCGCAACAGACCAUUCAUCCUCCUCAUCGUCACCUAUGGACUGAAUGUGGGGUGUUUCUACGCCGUCUCCACGCUGCUGAAUCAAAUGAUCCUUGAGCACUACCCUGGGGAGGAGGUGAACGCAGGGAGGAUCGGACUCACCAUUGUCAUUGCUGGCAUGUUUGGCUCCCUCAUCUGCGGUUUGUGGCUUGAUAAGACAAAAACCUACAAGCAGACCACCCUGGCUGUCUACCUUCUGUCCCUCGUGGGGAUGCUGGUCUACGCUUUUACUUUUACCCUCGGCCAUCUCUGGGUGGUCUUCAUCACGGCCGGGACGCUUGGAUUCUUCAUGACCGGGUACCUGCCCCUCGGCUUCGAGUUCGCCGCGGAGCUGACGUACCCGGAGUCGGAGGGCACCUCCUCGGGGCUGCUCAACUGCUCCGCGCAGAUAUUUGGGAUCAUAUUCACCGUCUGUCAGGGGAAGAUCAUUGAUCACUUUGGGACUCUGCCCGGGAACAUCUUCCUCUGCGUCUUCCUCUUCAUAGGGACAAUUUUGACAGGACUUAUCAAGUCAGACCUCCGGAGGCAGAAAGCGAACCAGCAGGUCGAGGCCAACGAAAGAGGGUCGUGCGAGAGGGUGGCGGAUCAGGAGGGAGCCGUGACCUCGCCUGCCAUCGCUGAUUCAUGUUAUGGGGGCAAUGGGUGUACCGGACAGACGAGCGGGGGCACUGCCACCCCCCCACUCCAAACAACGCCCAAGGUUUCACGUCUAUGACGCACACGUGAAGGGGAUCCAGCUGAAGAGAGUGACCAGGUGCUGCGAGACCACGCCCCCUCAUGGAGUCACUGACCUGGACCUCCUCCUCCUCUCUCUCUCUCUCUCGACGUCUAAAAAUGCCAUGGACGGAAACGAUAAAAGAACAACCUGUCCGGAGCGGAGGCUCUGAAGCUGGCGUUCCCAUUUUUAAAAAGAACAGAGCGUGAUAUGGGGGCAGCCACACUGAUGACACCCAUGCAUCUUGGACUGUUCCAAUAACAAUCCCUGCACACCCCCCCAGCACCAUGUGGCGCGGACCAAGGCUGUACUUUGGAGUGGUGCACCAAAAACUUCAGCAGGCACCUUCUCAGCCUCUUUGCUGAAUUGUCACCAUGGAAACUAAUAGGAUUAUACAAAUAUAUAUUUUUUCCAUUCCAAUAUAUAUAUUUGUGCAAAUAUUAAACUGCCAGCUCUUACAUUUGCUGACUUGGAGCUUAUUCAUAUAUUAAUACAAACCAAGCUUUAUUUGUGUUAGUUUAAUGUGAUCUGUAACUAAAACUAGACCUUUUUGCUGUUAAUACUGUUGUUUUUGAAAGUGAAGACCACUGCAGAAGCAGCUGCCAAUCUUGCUGUGUGGGUACUAUAUUUCCACACAAACUAAUAAUGGGUGUCUUGGAAAAGGUGUUUCCUUAAAUGUGUUGUGUGUGUAUGUGUGCGUAUGUGGUCUGUGGGGCUGGCUGACCAAUCAGAGCGCAGUCUGGGUGCCCGUUGCCUUUGGAUGCGCUGAGGUAAGCACACGCACAUGUUGAGACACUAACCUCACUUGCUGUCCUCGUCGUAACCCGGCAACCAAGGCAUCUUUGUGUCCCUCGUGAUCAGGCCUGAGAGUCGCCAUGCCGCCUGACGCCCAACUAAAUGCGAAUAAGGUGUGGCUGAUUUGUUGUUUUUUUUUUUACAUGGAUUCUGCCAAAAUCUGUUUCCUGUUUAAACUUCAGGCAAGCUAUUUAUUUUAUUACUUGUAUGUGCACAUUGCCAUUUCUUAAUGUUACUGAACAAAAGCUCUUUGAAAAAAUACUUAGAAAACACUGGGUAAUGGGACGACGUCCAUUCCUGGCUGCUGUUUUCUGUGGCAUUUGAUGGGUUUUGGAACCACUGGAUGAAUUUUACAUAAUUGUUUAAGAUUAAAUAAUUGUUUUGGCACAGUGACUGGUGUCAAAGUUUCAGGAUGAAGAGGACGUGAUUUCCAAAGAUGAGGAGGGAGAAGAAAAAAAUCACAAAAGAACCAUUUAGGAUUUGAAUUCGGAACAUUGUCUACUUAGUUGUUUAAAUGCUGAAUGCUUUAUACCAUAU